UCAGAGCCUGCCACGACCCUCGCUCUGUCUUCGUGACAACCUUUCACGGCGAUGGGUUGCCUUCGGCCCUACAGCCUUCGGGCCUACGGGGCUGAUCGGCUCUGUAGAGUAACUUCCCCGAUAGGAAGUUCGCCUCCCGUUGGGUCUUCUUCAGUGAGGGCGAUGGGAGGGGAAUGUCGAAGACGGGACACAUCUCUUAAAACAUCACCAAAGAUGAUUUGAUUAGAGUCGCAGUAGGACCCUGCUGCAGACUAGAUCAUCGUUCUGUAGACCUAGCAGUAGCGAUCAGGAACCUAAUUGAGUCUUGGAGCCAGUAAAAUCACGUCGGGUGUAGCGCGCAUGUGUGGGCAGCCCGCCUGGACGUGGUUCGAGUUGGGGUGUUCCUCCCGUGGUCACCUGAAGCCGACCAGAGGUCAGACUUUAUUUCUUUCCACCAUCUCCAACCACACCAGCAAAGCUGUGUUCACAACCACACAUGCCGUCUAUGCACAGCCAGUGGCUUGUUGGUUUGCAUCACCUGGAAUUCCAAGGGGAGCAUGGUGGUCAUGGCAUUGGUUGCCGUUUCAUCGUAAAACCUGAUCAUCGGGGGUGGUAGCUACGGAUCGUGGGUCAACCCUUGACUCGGAGCUCAACUCGAAAGGGCGGCCCCGUCAUACAAUGAAUGCCCUGCAAUUACCGUGUGGUUCAAGGACGAUCAGAUCAAUCUUGACCAAUUGACCAAUUGACCAAUUGACCAAGGAUCAAACCCCUUUCCCUGGCAGGCCAGUUUUUCCCCCUCGUGAAUACCAAUCACCUGGUGAUCCAUCCCUCUCUACGGGCCGGGGAAUGUAGCAACAACACCCACGCAGGAAAUCAUCCGGCAUUUUGUUGAUGGCUCUAGGGGGCUAUCACGGCAGAUGUGGAUGUUGUUUUUCAUUCCCAGCGGCAUUCUGAUGGGGAUGCUGGCCUUGGCUAGGUCUUGAUGUCCCGUCGCUCGCUGGAAACUCACAUUCCAUGGUCCAAGAACUACGGUGAUCAUGAAUGUUAACCAAGUACUAAAGCACUAACGAGCUCCUGCAGGCAUGAGUGCUUCGAAGUUGUGACGUGCUUUGGAGACUUCGACCUAACUUCGCCAUUCUUUUUACGUGCUCCCUCGGCAUUUCUUUCACAGUCACUCCUUUUAACAACAGACAGUUGCCCCCGUUGCCUCAGUAAACCCAACUUUAACUACAUUCAUCAUCAUGAAGGGCUUUGUUGGUGGAAUUCCUAUCGCCCUGCUGGCUGCGGCUGCGCAGGCCAUGGAGCAUGGCACUCAAAACACCCAGGGCAUGCAGACUCGCAGCCAUUACCCACAUGUCGGCGGCACUGCUUUGGGCGGGCCUUCUGGCAAUGAUGGUGACGCAAGGACGACCACUCGAUCAACAUCAAGGACACCGAUGUCUACCCUCCAGUCCGCGAGGUCUUCGGACCGGGCGAGGGUCCCUUCCCCAAGCGCAGCCAGUACCCUCACUACGGAGGUACCGCUAUCGGUGGACCAUCUGGCGAUGACGAGGGCCAGAGCUUUGAUAUGCCCUUCACUGCCAAUGUCAAGACCACCGUGGACGAGUACUCCAAGGACGAUCACUCUAUCAAGGUCAAGGACACCGACGUUUACCCACCUCCCGUCUGGAGCCCCGCGGGACCUCCUCACUCGGCCCACGGCUUCCACGGUCCCCCUUCUGGUCUCCGUCAGGCUGCCAACCCGAAUGUCGAGCACUACCACGUUCCGGCUAGCGCGUGGGAGAAGCGCUGGGGGUUUGAAGAAGACCCCGAAGAGGCUUCCGAGGAGGGCCCAGAGGAGUACGGUGGCACUGCCAUUGGUGGUCCCAGCGGAAACGACGGCAACUACGGUCCGCAUGGAUUCGCGGGCCCCAUCGUCUCUGGCGGUACUGCCAUCGGUGGUCCCUCUGGCAAUGAUGGUGGUCAGUCCUUCUCCGCUCCUAUCUCCGUCGAUGUCACCACCGGUGUUCACGAGCACUACGAGGAUGACCACUCCAUUGGCAUCCAGCACGAGGAUGUCUACCCACACCCCUCGUUCCCCAUCGGUGGCGGCCCUGGUCCUUUCAUUCCUCAGGGUGGUGCUCCCUGGCGCCGUGCCUACUCUCCUGACCGUGUUGCCGGUGGUGGCACUGCCUUGGGUGGUCCUUCCGGCGACGAUGGUGGCAUCAGCUUCGGUAACCCUACCUCGGUCGGUGUUGACACCAACGUGAAUGAGCACUCUGAGGACAACCACGCCAUCAAUGUAGACAGUACCCACUUCCAUCGCCCCGCUGCUGCCGCCCCUCACAUGCCCUGGAUGCCAUACCACGAGGAGGCCCCCAUUGAACACCCUGGCCCCGUUGCUGUCCCCGAGGCCGAGACUCCCAAGGUGGCUUCUGCUCCUCCUUCAGCUCCCCCAGCGGCUCCAAUUCCUGAGGUGCACGAGGAGCAGUCUGCACCUCCCUCUACCCCUCGCGAGGACCAAGACGACAACGAGGACGUUCCCCAGUGCGCUGCCCAGACCCAUGAGGUUGUCCACACUGUGACCGAGACCCAGUACAAGGAAGUCCACCCCACUCUGACCGUCUACGCGACCCCCGUCGUGUCCCAGGCUGUCCAGACGACCGCCGCUGUGCCCAUGUCUGCCACCCCCGAGGAGUCGUACGUUGACCCCAAGGUCGAUUACUCGGCACCGGUCGCACCUUCAUCCUCUGUCCCCUAUCAAAGCUACGACUACAGUUCCCAGCGCCCCACGAGCUCCAGCGCUGCCUACUCCCUGAUCCCCGUGCACGUCCCCGUUGCCACUCCCUCGUCCAGCGGUGCUUUCUCCAAGGCUACCCCCUCUAGCAGCUAUGGCCUGCCCAGCGGUGCUGAUGCCCUGCACAGUGCGUCCGCCUCUGCUCAGUACUCUGCCGUCGUGUUCCAAGGCAGCGCUGCUCGCCUGUCUGGCGGGAUUGCUUCGGUUGCCGCCGCCGUUGCUGGUGUCCUUGCCUUUGUGUUGUAAUAUUUCUGAUUGUGGGACCGCUUGUCAUAAUGUUGGAGAAUUACUUCUAUUUUUUAUGUUUUUCAUUCCUCCUUCUUUGUCAUGUGCCUUUUAGUAUAGCUCCGUGAACUGCUGCAUUGAUUGUGCUGUUUAAUGUUGAAAGCCUGUCUUAAAUGAGGUGUCACGAGCACUUACUUGAAAUACGAACCUGAUUUUUUCCUCUCACGACUUUCUUCAAUCCAUAUCUUGUCC